AUGGUGACCAGGACUUCCCAGCCACAUACUUCAAGGGAAAAGACAGCCAGUCAAUCGAGCAGCAAGUCGCUUGCAAGCGUCGAGGACGGGUCGCAGAGAUCGAACCUCAGAGCUGUCCAUGUGCCACCGACUCGGAGACGCUCGAUAGCGGUGAUAGCUGCGAUACUUGCGCUAGUUUGCGUCACUGCAUUGGCUUUGGGGCUUGGUCUUGGUCUAGGGCUCAAACACAAGCAUAAAUCGCAGUCUAAUGUAGACUCUUCGACUUCAAACCUGGUGCCAGGCGCCACAGCUUCCGACCUACCCUUUAUUUCCAGGGAGCAUCUCGCCGAUCCUUCACAGCUCACACUCGAUCCUACAUGGAACCGCUUCGCACCACCGCAGGACCGAGUCUACAACUGGACACUCACCCAGGUGCUUUCCAAUCCAGCAGGAGUUACAAAGCAAAUGCGAUUGGUAAACAACCUGUAUCCUGGCCCGAAGAUCGAGGCUAACAUCGGAGAUCGCAUCAUCGUUCAUGUCGAAAACAAAAUGCCCGUGCCAACGUCGAUUCACUGGCACGGCCAGUAUCAGCGAGGAUCUAACGAGAUGGACGGCUCAGCCGGUAUUACUGAGUGUGGCAUCGCGCCUGGAACUUCAUUCACCUACAAUUGGACAGUCCAGCAGUCUGGCACGUAUUGGUGGCACUCCCAUUACGCUCCGACCUACGCGGAUGGCAUUUUUGGACCUUUGAUCCUCCAUGGAGAGGAUGAAAAGUUCAGAAUAAUCAACCCAGACAAUGCGACCACCACGAUCCCAUCCAAUGGUACCACUGUUAGGGCCAACUACGACCAAGACCUCAUUUUUGUGGUCAAUGAUGCUUAUCAGGCGGAUUCUUUCAGCGUCGCUGCUUUUGCUAGGUCCAAGUCUGGGCCACCGGGCGGAGACCAGGGCGACGAGCCGGUCCCGGACUACGGAUUGAUCAAUGGCCUCGGCUUCUCAAACUGCGCGCUUGCUCCCAAUGGUACCAGCUGCAUUUCUGACGAUCUCACACGAAAGACAGCAUACAACUUCACUGUUCCAGCUCGCAAGCGUGUGCGAAUGCGAUUCAUCAACGCCGGCUCGCUUGCCAGCUUCCGAAUAUCAAUUGAUGGCCAUAGCAUGACGCUUAUCGAGGCGGAUAGCACCGAGGUCGAACCAAUUGUUGUGCAGUGCUUCAACAUCAUGGUAGCGCAGAGAUACUCGGUGAUAGUCGAGACUGAUCAACCCGUGGGCGCCUAUGCGGUACGUGCAGAGGUACUUGACGACAUGUUUGCUUAUGACAACCCUUUCCUAGUCAUGGAUCAGUAUGCCAUCAUGCGCUACGAGGGUGUCAGCGCUUCAACUCCACCGACCUCGAACGCUGGCAACUCUACGCUCGUCAACGUAACCGAGUCUUUGAGCACAUCGCAGCUGGUUCCCAUCACUCGGAUCGAUGCUCCUGCGUCUAACAUGACGACUAAGCUGGUGGUCAACUUUGGACUGGAUGCAUUCAGUCAAUGGCAUGCCUUUUUCAACCAGACCACCUUCACAUCGGAAAUGGCGCCUCAAGCAUCGUUGAUGAAAGCCUACACUUUUGAAGCGACCCGACACGCCUUGAAUACCAACUCGAGCGUGGGGGCGUACUACAAUGACCCAGACGAGAUGAUUGUCACCAACAGCGAGGUGGUCGUUAUGGAUGUUAUUGUCAACAACCUCGAUGAGGGCGAACAUCCGUUCCACCUUCAUGGGUUCACUCCUUUCUUGAUCGGAGCAGGCGCAGGCAACUUCCAGGGUCCUUCCAACUUUUCAGAUACAAGAAUCAAUCCAAUGCGUCGAGAUGUCUUUUCGGUGCCGCCGUUCAGCUGGAUCGCCUUCCGGUUUGUCGCGGACAAUCCCGGCAUCUGGCCAUUCCACUGCCAUCUCAUGCCUCACAUGGCCAUCGGUCUCUUGAUGCAGUUUCAGAUUCUGCCAGAUCAGAUCCCUUUGCUUGCGAUCACCGAUCCAUUUUAUUCACAGUGCUCGGCGGUCAACAACUGGGUCCAGCAAAAUCAGAAGCUGCUCACGUCUACAGGAGAUCCCAACGACAUGUGA